UUUCUUGUACUCAAUGUAUGCAGUUUGCCAUGUCAGCUUAUCAAAACACUAGGAGAAACCUGGAUGAUUUGCUUUAACAAUGAAAGCGCAGCGUAUUUUAACAGCUCUAUUGCUUGUGUGUAAUAUAACAUCAUCCUUAUGUUUUUUGGAAGUGUUCACGGAUGCGGCAUCUGCAGUUUACACAUUUUUUGAACAGGACGAUUUGCUGGUUUUUGAUCCUAAACGUUUGGAGGAAGAUUUGAAUGACUUUCUCUUCGGGCAGCACAUCGCAUCUAAUGUUGUAUUAAAAUCUGUAUCAUCAUUUAUGACUGACAGCAAACCAAACAAACCGCUGGUCCUCUCUUUUCAUGGCACUACAGGAACCGGGAAAAAUCACGUCACUAAAAUUCUUGCAAGAAACAUUUACAAAAAAGGGGAAGAGAGCAAGCAUGUUCAAAUUUAUGAUUUAGAACAUCAUUUCCCACAGAGAAGCAAGAUAGACUUAUACUCAGCUCAGCUAAAGCAGUGGAUUCAUGGAAACGUAUCCAGCUUUCCCCGCUCCAUGUUCAUUUUUGAUGAAAUGGAGGAGAUGCAACCAGAGCUGAUUGAUGUCUUAAAACCUUUUCUGGACUACUCUCUUCUAUAG